UCGAUUCAAUUCAAAUUAUUGCUGUCUGACUCACUCCAUGGCUGCGGAGAUGAGCAUGAGGGCAGAUCCAUGGAGCGACUUUGCCCGGGAGCUGUACACAGCGGCAUUUGAUAAGGGUGUCGUGGAGCGCGGCUGCAAUGCUGUCAUCUCGCCCAUCUCAAUACAAACUUCACUGAUGCUAGCCUUAGUGGGUGCGGCGGGCAGAACGGCCGAGCAGCUGCGCGCGGGUUUGCGACUGGAUUCCGGCGAUCUGCAACAUAUUGCGAGAUACUAUCAGGCCAUGUGGACGCAGCUGUGCAGCAAUGGUAAGGGGAUAACAUUGAAGUCUAUGAAUCGUUUGUUUGUGAAUCAGAAGCUCAGCGUGCACCGGGAGUUCAACGCAAUGGCGGAGAAGUAUUUCAACUAUAAGCCGGAGCCACUGAACUUCGCCGACCCGAACGGCGCCACGCAGCAGAUCAACGAGCUGGUCGAGCUGGCAACGGAGCAUAAGAUACGGGAUCUGCUCCAGCCGGAUGCUGUAAAUGCUGAGACGAGCGCAGUGCUUGUGAAUGUCCUGUACUUUAAGGGCCUCUUCAGGAAGCCCUUCACGCCGGAGUGGACAACGAGCGACGACUUCUACAUUGACCAGCAUAGGCGAGUCGAGGUGGACAUGAUGUAUCAGGAGGAUAAGUUCAAGUAUGUCGAGCUGCCCGAAUUGGAGGCGCGAGCCAUUGAACUGCCCUUUGAGGAUUCCGAUAUCCAGCUGCUCAUAAUGCUGCCCAACAAAGUCUGCGGCCUACGCGAGCUCGAGCAGCAGCUAAGCCAACUCGACUUUGCUGAUCUCGAGCAGCGCAUGCAUAUGGUGGAUGUGGAUAUCGCUUUGCCUCGCUUUGGCAUUGAGUUCGAUUUGGAUCUUACUGAGACGCUAAAAUUGCUAGGCAUUUGCGAUGUCUUUGGCAAUACGGCCGAUCUGAGUCGACUCUUCCAAGAUGCCACAGGCCAAAAAAUCUCUGCUGCCAAACAUCGAGGCUACAUUGACGUGAAUGAGGCGGGCUGCGAGGCAGCUGCUGUGACCUAUCUUAAAGUCGUGCCCAUGAGCUUGAUUAUGCACAAGAAGACCUUCAAGGUGAAUCAUCCGUUUGUCUUCUUCAUACGCAGUAGUAAAGUCGUUUUGUUUGCGGGUCGCUUUGUGGCGCCACAGUUGGGGGCGAGUCGUGAGCCCACGCCCACGCCCACACACAGCCACACCCACACCCACACCCACACCCACACCCACAGUUCCCUAAAUAGUGGAGCUCGAAAAUAAUUGUGCUGAAUAAUCAUAGUCUAUAUAUGUAUGUACCGGUGUGUCUGUGUCUGUGUGAGAGAGACUGUUUGCUUAUCUUCAUUAUGUGCUCUAAAUUAGGCAAUCAAAUAUAUGUACAAUUAGUUUUAU